UAGCUCACGGAGAGAGACGCCUCGCACAGCACAGCACCACCACCAACACAACAACAGCGUCUCACGCCUGAUACAUCGUGCGGGAUAUAUAUGGUCGUGCUUGGACGUACGCACGCGCGCGAUGCACUCGGGACACGUGUACACACGUUCGACUUUUAUCGGGUGCGACUUUUACAAACGGUGCCGUUUGUUGCUGGCCGCUUGACGUGGUGAUGGGGAGGAUUGUGGGUGUGCGCAAGUCACUUUUAUAAUUAAACCGCGCAAAUGUAAACAUAAACUGUACACCGUGUACUGUAUGUACUGUGCAGUGCUGUAUGCACGUACUGUACUGAAUGUACAUACACAGGUGCACUUAAGCAUGCAUAUACUGUACAUUUAUACACAAUACACCGAGUAACGCUGUGUACUGUAUACAUAUGUAUACAGUACACGUGUUGCAUACUCUAGAUGCGCAUAUUUGAUAUUACAUACACGUACAGUAUACACAACAUACAAAGUAAUAUUUAAAUCUAUACCUACACACCUGUGUAUACACUACAUUUAAGACCGACUCGACUGCAUCACAUCAAAGGGGUACACUACAGCCGUGUUUUUUAUUCACUAAAAAAACCCUCACUAUUUCACCAGUCGCAAUGCAUGUGAAUACGAGACGGUCCUUAAUAAUUAACCUCACGAGAAACAUUCCUUAAAGAGUCGCAUGUUGCCGGUACUCUCUUGUAUCGAUGGCCUCACCUGGUGUUUACAUUUCAUGUACAGGCCGUGUAGUGUAUUAUAUUCAACACCAAUCUCACUUGAUAUUAAACCAUUGAGAUGGAUAUUAAAUUAUUAAAUGCAGAACUCAAACAAUAAAGUGGUGCGCUCCCACUGUGCCACCUCUAUCAACACAUGCGUGCUAACUCUUCAGCUCCAUAUCCGACUGAAUGCAAUCUAAUGACACCUCAGUACAGACAUCUACUAAAUACACGUCUCGCACAUCCAAUACACAACCUUUAUUCUACAUCAGUUGAAAACAUUACGAUCACAAUACACACAGAUACUACCACAGAAUCGCAUUAUUUUGCAAUUCUAUCACAUCACCUCCACUCGCUAGCUUCAACCACUUCUUCUCACUCUUUGGCUCCGUCUCUCCCACCGGCUCCAUCUAUGACUCUCUCUCACACACACUCUCCACACUUACUCUGCACACUUACUCUGCACUUGAUUCAACACUAGACCAGAAUACUGCCCUUUCGCUCAACACAUCGACUGUCGUCCUGUCUGCAUAUCACGAAUUAUUGGCGCAAGUACGACAUCUCUCACACACACACACGUUCUGUGUUGGUUUCUACACCGCCUUGUCAUGCUUUCUCACAUUCUUGUUGAGAUGCGGCCAUUGUAUGGGCAAUGUCAUUGAUAUUGACAUUGCUUUGUCAGAUUAAUGGAAUGGUAAGUCGGGGGGAAAUGUUCACAUUUUUUGGCCCGGCAGACUCCAGCCAGUGUGUCAAAUGUCAGUGCCUUAACCAACAGACACUGUUACAGCAAUCAAACUAGAUUGUAGUCAUAUCAUGUACCAAUUUAUUAUGUUUUGUGCCAAGUUGUGACGUGUCUGCACUACACAAUGAAGGACAUUUAUUUUCUCAUUGCAUAACGCAUGGGAAGGAAUGGUGCAUGAACAAUGGGGGGUGGUGGUGGUAAUACUGAUGGUUAGUGCUGCUGUUUGAUGGGAAGAGCCAUCCCAAUACAAAGUGAAGCCCUGUAUCGGCAACGGGAGCCCGAGAUACAUUGGUAGACACGGACAGAACCACGCGAAGAAAGACGUGGUUGACAAACAGGACGUGAAGACUCAGAAGGCGAUAGGAUACACACAGGGAGAUAGACACAGACAUUUACUAUUCACAGCCAAUGACAUUCACGGGCAGACUCAAUGCGAUGCAGACGUUAUUGUUUUGACCUCCAAGGAUGUACGAAGGGCAUUGUGCAUGUGUAUGUGUUACCCGAGUGUAACGCCAGCAUUGGUUGGUGAUAAUAGUGCCCGUGGUGCUGUUGUAGACUUAUCAACCGAGCGUUUUCAUGAACUGUGGAGUUUGACCUGUGCUCACAGGCACAGGAGGACAUCGGCUCAUGUGUCCGUCACACAUGUCCCCCGGUGCGACACUAACAGCUGCUUUAUGCCAAUGGUAAAACCGGGGUACAUUAUACAUUUAGCAUCGCCGCAUGUUCUCGUGGUUGGGAGCAGUCAAGACGGAAUCUUCCGCAGAGGUCUGUGUGGACAUUUUUUUUUGCCUGAUUGCGGCUGUGCUCCUGUGCCACUUCCCCCCGAGCCGCCGCUGCUGCUGUGGGUGACCGGGCGUGGCAACAAUGUCACGUUGUGUACAGAAGCCUUACAUACUUUAGUCAUUCAUCCACGCAGGACUCUUCGGAAGUGAUCUCGAGGCCUCCCCCGGCUAAAUAAAUGGCAUUUAUUGCUUUCGGUGCCUCACAAGAAAGCAAUGCAAGUGUCUUUCUAAAAAUCUUAAUUUUAUCGCAACUCAUGCAAAUUUGUUGUGGGGUGGGUUUUUUUCCUCUUUCUGAGCAUUCGGCGCCGGUCCCUUGCACAGGAUGUCGGUACGCACACGCUGCAAUACACAGUAGAAAUGCCAUUUGUGUUGCACAACUGAGUAUUGUGAUUGUCAUCAUAUACCAUCCUUGCCAGAUGUCUUCUUCCUUGCCACAUGCGCAUAUCAGGCAGCCUUUAAAUUGCCUAGCGAGAUAUGCAGUUCUCUCGAAGAGAGGGGGGGGGAAACACUCGUCCGAACCUUAAUAUUUCUGCUGUGUUGGCGAUCGUACGUUCUGGUUUACACAGCACAAGAGUUGCCUCUGUUUCCUCAUUGCUGAUGUUGACUACGCCACGUUUUAGGAUGAGGCGACUUAUAGGGGAGCCCGAGGCUGCGUUAAGAUCCCAGUUGCUGCUGCUGCCGCCGCCGCCGGGUGUGCUUGUCAAGGGAAAUUUAAGCAAGUAGAUAUUGUGCAGUACGCUGCUGCUACACACACGUGGACACUGUUUAACAUGUACACACGUGGACACUGUUUAACAUGUACACAAGCAUACACACAUAGGCCAUAUCAGUCACACCUAUGCAGACACAGCCUACGUGACUUUACCGAAAGAACCAAGAAUAUGUGCACACGCCCAUUCAGUCCUGGCCCGAUGUCACGUGGCGCAUUGUGUAUACACCUUGGGACAAAUAGCUACAGUGUGCGUUCACACCGAUCCACGUGUACACAGUGAAGCAUGCCAGACGCCCUAAAAACACCUUGCACUCGCGUAUCCCCUUCCGACACGUAGACACGUGAACACAAUAUGUCCUAACCUACCCACCAGCGCACUUGACACGCAACCAUCAUGUUACACGUAUUGUCGCACGUGUGUGUGUGUGUACACACACGUGCGCACGCGCGCGUGCACACACGCAUGUUAAAGGCGAGGGGUUUUUUUUCCCUCUCUUCUCCCCGAGCUCCACCAAGACGUGUGUGGCGCAGGCGAAAGGCGAUUGUCGGUCCCUCUCCUCCUCCUCCUCCCUUCACCCCCCUCCCCGUGGCAUGCGAGUAAUGGCCGCUAACCGCGGCGUUAGCUCGGCCGCAUUGUGAGCCGUGGCAGCGGCAGAGGCAGCAGCCUCAGAGGCCAUGUUGCUGCUGCUGCUGUUGUUGUUGUUGCCGUGGCAGGCAGGGAGGGCAUCGCGACACGAGCGGGCCCAGGCGUGAUGCUGGCCCCCGCGGCUUGUCUCCCUUAGGAGAAAAUACAUGCAGGCUUUCUCUAAACUGAUCACCAUGGGUGACAUGAAAACGCCAGACUUCGAUGAUCUGCUCGCAGCCUUUGAUAUCCCGGACAUCGAUGCGAAGGAAGCCAUACAAUCUGGGGGUGGAGAGGAGGGGGAGGGUGCGGGGGGCCUGAGGCCUGGCGGCUGUGAUGAGACCGGCGAGGGCGCCGCCCAGUCUGCGCUGUGUGCCGACGGUGGCGCCGUGAGCGUUAUUGUGCGGCACACGCGCAGCAUCGACGCUCCCUUUGAGCAUACGCUACCCACCAAGGAGGGCCCCCAGCUCGAGCACGUCACCGUGCAGAAUGGCUUCGCUGUCGGGGGCUCGGGCGGCGCUGGCGGCGUCGCCGGAAGUGGUGGUGGAGCCGCGUCCGCCUCCGGUCUUGGUCUUGGCUUCGGGAAUCAGGAGCCGACUUUCAAGGCCAGCGGUGCGCCCAAGGGUGGCUCAGAACGGUAUGGCAGUGCGCAGCAGAAAGCCGAGGCGUUGAGGAGCGACGAGAAUGAAAUGAAGGAGUCGAGCUUCUGCCAGUUCAGCCCGAUCUCGAGCGUUGAGGAGGGCGAGAUUGAGGAUGACGAUGAGGAAGAGGAGGAGGAGGACAGCGUUAAGGCCGUGGCCGACCCGGCGCCCAUGCAGAGGCGUUCAUCGGAGAGCUGCAGCUUCCUUGUGGACCGGCUGCUAGGCCUACACAGCGCGACGGACACCUACAGCGGGAACCUCCCCGCCGGGGCGAGGAGACCGAGCAGGGAGGAAAAAUUCCCGCAGUUCUCUGGCGCAAGCGGCGGUACCGACCGUGGUGUUGCCGGCAGGGCGAAACCUGAUGCCAAGAAGGAGAAGCGUGAUGCCAGAGGAUUUGGCGAGCAGAGCAAAGGCGGCGCGGAAGGCAAGCAGUACAGGCCCGGGGAUGCGCACAAAGCAACAGACGCGCGGCAUAAACACUCGGAGAAGGCACACAAGGCGUCGGACAGCACGUACAAGUCUGAGGUGGCACCGAAAUCCACGGCGGCGCCGUUCAAACCACCGGAAGGGGGGCAAAAGCCUCAGCCUGAGAGCGAGCACAAGCAAGAGAAAGAGGUGAAGGCGGUGGGGGGAGUGAGAUUCCCACGAGCGGACGAAGCCAAGCCUGGCGUUGGCGGCAGAGCGUACAAACCGGCGGACGGCGCGCUCAAGGCGCUGGACUGCAGCAGCAAGGGCGCGGAUGUGGAACACGCGUCCUGGGAUGGCGAGUUCAAGGAAGAUGACCCCGAAGAAAUGGCGCUGGAGGACAGCAAGAAGCAUCUGGAGGGAGAGCUGAAGGCUCUGGAUGACCUGGAUGAACAAAUGUUGUUGGAAGAAACAAAUAAGCAGUUUAGCGAGGGGAAGAGCGAGGAGUCUCCGCAUUCGGAAGAGCCACCAUCGGACGAAGAACACAAGGAAAAGGAGGAUGUGGCCAAAAAGGAGCCAGAUACAGGGGCUGCAUCUGACACAGGGGACGAAGCUAAAGAGCCCAAGAACGAGGAGGGGAAGUUGGGGCCCGCGCUGGAGACAAGUGCUUCUCGUCAGCUUGCGAAAGCGGCCGGAGGUGGCACGAAGCUGUCAUCUUGCAUUGAGGCCAUCGCUGCCCUCAAUGCUAAGAAAGCUGUUGCUGUGGAAACAAUCCCGAACGAGACGGUCAACAAGGAGACGCAAGAGAGCGAAUCCGCGGAGCCCGCAGGAGUCACAAAGGAGCCGGUGCCCAGCGAGAGCUCCAGCCUGGGUGACAAGCCACCCCAAAGCCCCCUGGAGGCCGUGAGGAAGGCGUCCGUCAAAAUGCCUGACAGCCCGAGGAGCGUGUCGAGUGAGACCAGCAGCAAGGGGUCCCCGGCACCGUCCUCCUUGUCAGGUUGCGGGGGUUCGCCCCCCGCCAUCCCGAAGGUACGGAUUCGCACCAUCAAGACGUCGUCGGGCGAGAUCACGCGGAUGGUGACGCGCGUGAUGCCGGCCGUGGAUGCGGAGGGCAUCGCCAGGCGGACGCCGGACGCUUCUCCAGGCGGGGCGUCGUCUCUCAACGGUGCCAGUGCACCGUCGCCCGGUGGGGUGCCUCUGGGUAGCCCUGCCGGCACCUCACCGCAGCAAGCAGCGGCGGCGCCAGCGAAGAAGGCGGCGCAGACGGCGCUAAGUGCUGCUGCCGCCAUCGCUGCUGCCGCUGGCUCGACCGCUGGCUCUGCCGGCGCGCUGGGAUCCAGCGUAAAGGCCAAUAACCCGUCGCAGGUUAUCAACAUCAAGUUUGGGGACAAUACCACAAUGAAGGCCACAGUACUCUCACCGACGACGGGUUCUACGGCCUCUGUGCAGGCUGCCAGCCAUGCCAUCUUGAAGGCUGCCAAUGUAGUAAAACAGCAGCAGCAGCAAGCAACGGGCACCAUGGUCGUGUCUGCUCAGACAGUCGUCGGCACCAAGAUUCUGCCCAAAGCCGUCCAGCUGGCCAGCCUCAACCUGAUCCCGCAGACCGCUGUGCUCGCGCCGGUGGGCAUCGCUCCAACCUCGGCCACGUCGGCGGUGACCUUCGUGACCCAGGCCAUCACCUCGGUCCCCGCUGUGGUGACUUCGGUAGCCCCGUCGGUGUCGUCCGUCGUUCUGGCCAAGGACACGCACGUGCAGACGGCAUCGCACGUGGGCUUUGGUCGCCCCGCCGGGCUCCAGGGCCAGCCUCUGCUGCGCAAAGUGGUGGCCGCAGCCGGACAGACUGGGGGGGCACAGAGCUCCGUGGUGGAGGCCUUCAACCGCCUUCUCAACGGCGCCAACCCCGUGCCGCUCUACACGCCCAACCUGACCCCUCCAGCGACGGCCGGGCUCGCCAUCCCGACGAGCGGCUACCGCUGCCCCGAGUGCGGCGACUCGUUCUCGCUGGAGGCGAGCCUGUUCCGGCACUACGCCCGCCGCAGCCUGCGCAUCGAGGUGACGUGCAACCACUGCUCGCGCGGCCUCGUCUUCUACAACAAGUGCAGCCUCCUGUCGCACGCGCGCCAGCACAAGGAGCGCGGCGUGGUCAUGCAGUGCUCGCACCUCGUCAUGAGGCCGCUGCCCCUCGACCAGUUGAGCGUACCGGGCCCCGAGCUCACCACCGUGGCGCCGGGCUCCGGCCCGUCGUCCGGCCUGCCCGACCCACCCACGGGAGCCGCCGGGGCCGGUGGUGCAGCGAACUCGCAAAGCCAGAGUGCCCUGGGCGGUGUGAUCAGCGGCUCGGAUGGCCCGAGCCCCUCGGCCGCCCUUCCCCUGCAGGAGGAUCCCAUGCGCCUGACACGCUACGGCUCGCGCUGCCUCGAGUGCUCGCGCCAGUUUGUGGACGGCCCGUCGCUCGCGAAGCACUUCCAGCAGCAGGACGACGCGGCCACCCAGACGUGCCAGGUGUGCCAGAUGUUGCUGCCCAACAAGUGCAGCUUCGCGGCACACUCGCGCAUCCACCAGCACAAGUCGCCGUACACCUGCCCCGAAUGUGGCGCCGUGUGCCGCUCAUCGCACUUCCAGUCGCACAUUAAGGACAUCUGCCUGCACUACACGCGCAAAGUCGGAUACAGGUGCGUGCACUGCGGGCUGAUCUUUGCCGAGCUGCCCGCCCUGAAGUCGCACAUCCAGAGCACGCACUGCGAGGUUUUUUACAAGUGCCCGCUGUGCCCCAUGGCGUUCAAGUCGGCACCGAGCACCCACUCGCACGCCUACACGCAGCACCCGGGGGUCAAGGUCGGCGACUCGAAGAUCAUCUACAAGUGCUCCAUGUGCGACACAGUGUUCACGCAGCAGACGCUGCUGUGCAGUCACUUUGACACGCACGUCGCCAAGCAGAAGGUGUCCGUGUUCAAGUGUCCCGACUGCGCUCUGCUCUACGCGCACAAGCAGCUCAUGCUCGACCACGUUAAGAGUUCCCACGGGAAGUUGAAGAGCUCGGAGGGGCCCCCCAACCUGCCUGGUGUGCAGGCACCCACGGGACCGAGCCAGAGCUCGGCAAAAUCCAACGGCGCCAGAGACCAGAACGCCAAGGCCGGCGUGAACGGCUCCAGCAACCGCAAGCGUGUCCCCACCACGGAGAAGGCGGGCAGUGGAGGCACCGGCGGGAGCAACAGCCGCAGGCCGGCAAGCGGGCGCCGCCUGCGGCUGAAGAACUCCGGCUGGACCUGCUCCGAGUGCCAGGAGCACUUCUCGGAGCGCGAGGUCUACGUGAGCCACGUGAAGCGUGUCCAUGGCAAGCCGAUAAAGAAGUACCCUUGCCGGCAGUGCGACCGCUCCUUCAGCUCCUCGCACAGCCUGCGGCGCCACAUCCGCAUCAACCACGAGGGCAUCCGCAAGGUGUACACCUGCUGGUACUGCGAGGACACAAAGCGCACGUUUACUAAGCGCUUCAUGCUGGAGAACCACAUCCGCUUGAUGCACGGCAUCAAGGACCCCGACUUCUCCCAGAUGCCGGGCAUGAGCGCCGGCAGCGACGAGGCGGAGAACACCAGCCCGGAGACUGGGAACAAGCGGCGGGGAAGCGGCGACGAGGGCCGCGUGCCAGAGGCCCGCGCCCAGGCCAUCACGCGGCCCGUCAAGCGCCUGCGCGUGGGCGGCGCUGGCGGGGCGAGCGGCCCCGAGGCCGGUGGGCCCGACCGGCCAUACGUGUGCGCCAAGUGCGAGUUCACGACGGAGAAGCGCGAGGAGUUCCAACGCCACAUCCCGCAGCACCGCACCGAUGGCAUCGCGUGGCAGUGCAGCGAGUGUGGCCUCUGCUUCACGUCGCAACCGUCGCUGAACCGCCACCUCUACAUCGUGCACCGCAUGCGUGCCAGCCCCAUAGAGACCGACUCGUCUGACCGCGGUGGGGAUGGAGGUGACGGUGCCGGUGCUGGCGGCACCGGGGAGUCGCUGGUCGGCGGGGCCGGCGGGGGUAGUGGCGGUGGCGGCGGCGGCGGCGGCCUCCCGGAAAACGGUGCCGACCAGCCUGGGGGCACGCAGCAGCCGUCCCACCACCACCCCGCGGCCGAGCACGGCACUGGCGCCACCGGCUGCACCGUCUGCGGCAAGACCUUCGACAGCGAGGCGGCGCUCAACACGCACCUGCGUACGCACGGCAUGGCCUUCAUCAAGGCCAAGAGGGCCGGCGCCACCGACAAGUGAAUGCGGCACGAGCGGGGAAGGGGGGGGGGUGGUAGGCGACAGGGGUGGGUGGCUGGGGCCGCUCGUUCGGUCGCAGGUCAGAAGCUCGAGGUGCACGCAACGCCGUCACGCGAACUGUCGGGUGUCAUCUUGGCCAGCGGACAGCAACCGCUUAUCAAGCACCAGUUUGUCCACUUGUUCAUACACAAAUGGUGUUGUGAGGUGUUGUUCCUCCCUGUCAAAGGACAGUGCUUGUGAUCUAUAUUCUUGAGUAAAGCAUCCAUUGCGACACACAAAAGGGAAUCGAGCACAAUAGCAGGUGAGGAGCACAACGCACUGCUGGAAGUGGCCUUGCUCUGCAUGCCAGACUGAAAGCGCGUUCGAGAGGCGGUAGUGCGGCGCAGGGAGCGGCAACGGGGGAGUGCGGCGCUGAGAAGCCGGCCGCGGUGGCCGUCGCCUCUGCUCACGGUGGAUGUUCACACGGGAAGCUGUCACGAAAAGGGACAGCGGUGUUAUUUAAGUGACUGCCGUUCACCAGAGAUCUGCUCCGUUAUGCAUUUCAAAAAAAAAAACGACUCGGCCAACGUUUGUUCAUGUCCAGAGGGUGCAAAUUGAGCAUAUGACGUUUAACCACAACUUCUCACAACAGCUCUGCGCGUGCACAUUUAAUGUGUUUUAAUACUACAACGGUGCACAGCACGCGCACGUCGAUACUGGUCCUUGCACAGGGUGAACGUUUUCCUUUGGGGUGGCACACGUUAACUUGACCAAAGCUACGACCGGGGUGAGGGGUGGCGUGUGGGCGGGGUUGCCCUGCCUCUGCCGGAUAACUGAAGUGGCCGGUUGCCUGCCAUGCUCUCUGGCAGAGUGUUGUUGUUCAGUGUCUUUGUCACCCACUUUGGUCCUUAGGUCGGCGUCGCAUUUGUUGAAACCGCUGUGGCUUGUUCGUGGAGCAUUCCGUACGCGGGCGAACAGCAACGCGUUACACAUUUUACUUUGUAAUGCUGCCAAAUCUUACGAAACUAUCUUUUUGGAUGGAUUUUUGUAAAUAAGUGUUCUACUUUUAUGUGUAAUAUAUGGAUUUUUUCCAAGUACAGUAUAAUAAGGUUUUAAACCUGCUUUUUAGAAUCGGGCACACACUCCCCGAGAAUCUGUUCCUCCGAUUGCCCCGUUAAAAUUGGAAAUCAAGAGAAUUGAUGUUUGUAAAAUAGUGUGCACAUGAAAAUGUGAAUCUUUGUUGGAACAAUUUUCAUUUUCCACAUUACUUGGUGAUAUCGCAGUGUUUUAACAUCGACAUUAAAUCUGACAUUUUUGGGUGGGACGUAAAAUUAUGGUUUUCCCCACAUCACUGAAUAGCCUACAGUUAUUACAGAUAUCUGCGUACGGUUUGUCUAAAUUCUUUUGUAUUUCGGAACGUUAGCCGUGUAAAUGCUGUUGCUGGUGACGCAGACGAUGGUGUGCGAUUGCAGUUUGCACGCCACACGCGCACAACGCCACCUCGCGUACACGCGCGGCGAGGCAAACGAACACCGGGCGAUUGACGGUGUGGUGUAGGCUGGCGCUUGGUGGUCAAAGACGUUUUUAGAGAAAUCGCGCGGGGUUUCUGCAGGACGUUUUUGGACCAGUCUUGCAGAGAGGCGUGUCUAUAUCUGUACUUUAUUACAUUUUACAUUUCUGUAAUUCUUAUUGUUUUGCAUCAAACAAAAUCGCUGUGGCUUUUAAAAAAAAAAACGUUAGUCACUUGAAUAGCUAUAUAUACGUUGGUUUUGAGCUGCUCAUUUGUAACAGUUCUUAUGCUCAACAUUAGUAAAAAAACAUUUUAUGUUACACUUAUGUUAUUUAGCUAAAUGUAAGCAUUACAAUAAAAAUCUGUAUAGUUCA